AUGCUUGAAGGAGAGCUUAGGGAGAUACACGAGUCUUUGCCCGCAGAGCUUGUGUUCAGCACACGUGCCUAUCAACUCCGGACGUUCUCUCCCGAGCGCACGACUUUUACUAUUUUACAUCUUUACUUCCACCACUGUCAUUGCGAACUUUAUCGGUUGCUCAAUCCAGGAUACCGCGAGGCUCUUCCGCAAUCGGUUAUCUACUCCAGUUCACCCGAACUCGUUGCAUACGCGCAGUCGAAAUGCCUCGAGCACGCAAUCUCCAUAGGCGAGAUCGUUGCAUCAACCUACGGUCUGGUGGAGAUCAGUCCUUAUGUUAGCGAUACAUCUUGCUUCGUUAUCUUGUAUCAGGCCUCGUGUGCUAUACUCUACGCAUGCCACCGUGACAGUCCUGCUUAUGUCAUGAAAGCCGAAACCGCACGGCGAUACCUAGUCGCAUUCAUCGCGACAUUGCAAAGUCUACUCUCUUACUUCCCAAGGUAUGCUAUAUACGUCAAAGACAUCCGUAAUAUGCUUCGUAGCAUUGACGAGCCGAAUGUACCGCUCCCAGCUCAGAAGGCGUCAAAUGAGGUGGACUUCCGCGCACGUAUAGUACCUAGCGAAGAGAAUUCGGAUGAGGACAAUUUGGUCAGCGAGAUUGCGGGCUCUACUUCUAAUGUCAGGGACGAUACAGCGCAUUCUACGUCUCAGACCGCUGAUGUGCCCGUUGGAUCACUGCCAGAACUCGUGGAAAUGUCGCUUCAUACACCAUCCACCCUGGAAGGACAGGAUCAUUUGUUCGCUGAUUUGGAGACAUCUCAGUACAACAUGGACCUUACAAUGGAUCUUGAUCAGGGCUUGCUGUGGGAUUGGGCAGAUGCUUUGGGAUCAGGCUUCAGCAUAUGA